AGGGACGAAGCAGAGACUAAGUCGAGAAAAACAUGGCUGCAUUUUUUGCUGGAUCGAUCACUUCCAACUUAAAAUUCACUGCAAAGGUUUGCGUUUUUCAUUGUUAAAACUUGUUUAAAACAGGUUGAAAGUUUUGGUACGUAGUAUCUAUAUGUAUAUGUACCGUUAAUCAGUCAACUGUAAUAAUAUUUUAUUCCAAUACUACAACUAUGUACAAAAAUUUAUACAGUGUUGAGUCAUUGAGUGUUGAGUGUUGUUUGGUUUUAUUAAAUACAUAAAAACUAUAUGAUAAAAACGAAAUAGACAUUAGUUUCAUAUUAAUUAAAGCUAUUUACAAUGUAGAUAGAUGGCACAGAUUGUGAUAGAGUAUAUUAUUUUAUUCUAAAUAUCUAUGAAUUUGAUGAAUUUUUAAAGUGAAAGUAUGGGCAACAUAUACUAGUAUCACAUAGGAUAGAUUUCCAACAGCCUUUCCUUAGCACACUGGCCAGAAACAUUGAGACAACAUUGUGAUUGCAAAUCAUGAUAUGCCGGUGGUUAUGCACUGACAAGAAGUCGAACUUCUGUUGUCACUGAGAAAGUGUUUAAUUUAAUAGGCAUUAAUGACACUAAUUCCAUUAUACUCUCAUAUAAGGUGCCUCUUUUAAUGAAAGCAACCUCAAACGACGAGAAACCAACACAAGGAUACAAUCUUCAAGAAAUAAGCAGUACGUAAGCAUUUUUUAUUUAAUUGUUGGAAACAUGUCAUAAAAGUCAUAUUUUGCAAUUAAUAUUACAUUAAUAUGUUUAAUUAGCAAUUUCCAAAUCUUCGUUACCAAAUUGCCAAUCACUGCUCACCUUCUUGCUCGGUCGUUUGGAAAAAAAAGACCCUCGUAUAAAAUUCAAGGUAAGUGAUGGAUCUUACUUCGUAUAAACUUGAAUGUCAGACUUUCUGGGGCAGGAAUUUUGAAAGAUGUAUACCCCUGAAGAAAGUGUACACCCCCUCUACUGCAGUAUAUCUCCUUAUGUUCCUUCUUAUCCAUUUUAUCUGUCUAUAUUAAUUACUUGUCAUUAGAAAAUCCUGUACGUCGACCCAUAAACAUUCAACACUUUUCCCUUUGAAGAGUAAGAUUUGUGCUAGACAGAAUAGAAUAACAAAGCAGUAUACAUUCAGGCUCAUUGUGCAAUGCUCUGGCCUAAUGUGCCCUACUUUAUUACAUUCUUCUGUGUUAUGCCAGACAACUUCACUCGUCGAUCCAAUGGCUUAUUUGCAAUUUCCUCACCAGGUUCUUCAUCUGAUGAAGUACUUGGUCAUAAAUGGUCAUUCAGAAUUUCGAGCUCAAUUGAGACACAAUGCAGAGGCUGUUAAAAAAACUGUCAGUAAGUAUCAAUUAGAUGUUGCAAUUCAGUCUGUCAGAUUUCUGUUCUUCAUUUAAAUUAAUCAUGUUUUGACCGACAUCAACCCAUUGAGUUACAUUGCACCCUAAGUUGUUAUUUUACUUUGUCUUACGCCAGAUGAUUCACAAUAUCGUACUACCCACUGAGUGACAGCAUUCUCCCCUUGACACAAGUAAAAUCAUCUGGCGUCAGACAGGGUAUAAUAAUUAAAUAGGGCACAAUACAACACAAUGCAACUUAAUGGGUUAAUAAUUAGAGGACAGGAUAUUUUUGUCCAUGACACUUGCAAACCUUACACAUUCUGAUGCCAUAUUUCUAAAAACAAUGCUUCCAAAAUUUGUCAGACUUCCAAGGUGAGUUGGAUUCAGUCCACGGUGAUGGGUUAAACCUCAAGGUUCAACAGGCUGCUUCGG